GGGCAGGGGAGGGGGAGAAGGAGGCGCCUGCUCCAACCUGCGGGCGGGAGGUGGGCGGCUGUGGGGCAAUUGAAAAAGCGCCGGCGAGGAGUUACCCCAAACUUGUCGCAACUCCGCGCUCGCGCAGAGGCAGGAGCGCAGCGGCGGCGGCGGCCCGGGCGAUGGACGCGCGGGCGGGACGGUGAACGCCUCUCCCUCCUCGGGCUGCGAGCGCGCCGGACGGACGGAGGCCACGACAGGCGCCGCCAGCGGCCGGACCCAGCGCGGCGGGAAGCGACGACUCCCCCGGGCGACGGGAGCAGCCCCUAGAGCGAGGGCGACCGCCCGUUCCAGGUGGCCGGGACCGCACGCCGCGUCCGCAGCUUUCCUCGCAGGCGACGGGAGACGCCCCCGCGCCGCGCGAGCGCCGCAGCCCGGCCGCUCGCUCUCCCCCUCGAGGGACAAACUUUUCCCAAACCCGAGCCAAGCCCUUGGACCAAACUUGUCGCGCGUCGCCUUCGCCCGCAACCGUCCACGCAGAGCGCUCCGGUCGCCGGCGAGAUGUCCGAGCGCAAAGAAAGCAGAGGCAAGGGGAAGGGCAAGAAGAAGGACCGAGGCUCCGGCAAGAAGCCCGAGUCCGCGGCUGGCGACCCGAGCCCAGCCUUGCCUCCCCGAUUGAAAGAGAUGAAAAGCCAGGAGUCCGCUGCAGGCUCCAAACUAGUCCUUCGGUGUGAAACCAGUUCUGAAUACUCCUCUCUCAAAUUUAAAUGGUUCAAGAAUGGGAAUGAAUUAAACCGAAAAAACAAACCACAAAACAUCAAGAUACAAAAAAAGCCAGGGAAGUCAGAACUUCGCAUCAACAGAGCGUCACUUGCUGAUUCGGGAGAGUACAUGUGCAAAGUGAUCAGCAAAUUGGGAAAUGACAGCGCCUCUGCCAAUAUCACCAUCGUGGACUCAAAUGAGAUCAUCACUGGCAUGCCAGCCUCAACUGAAAGAGCCUAUGUGUCUUCAGAGUCUCCCAUUAGAAUAUCAGUGUCAACAGAAGGAGCAAAUACUUCUUCAUCUACAUCUACAUCAACCACUGGGACGAGCCAUCUUGUAAAGUGUGCCGAAAAGGAGAAAACUUUCUGUGUGAACGGAGGCGAGUGCUUCAUGGUGAAAGACCUUUCAAACCCCUCGAGAUACUUGUGCAAGUGCCAACCUGGAUUCACUGGAGCAAGAUGUACUGAGAAUGUGCCCAUGAAAGUCCAAAACCAAGAAAAAGCGGAGGAGCUCUACCAGAAGAGAGUGCUCACCAUCACUGGCAUCUGCAUCGCUCUCCUUGUGGUUGGCAUCAUGUGUGUGGUGGCCUACUGCAAAACCAAGAAACAACGGAAAAAGCUUCAUGACCGGCUUCGGCAGAGUCUUCGGUCUGAACGGAACAACAUGGUGAACAUAGCGAACGGGCCUCACCAUCCCAAUCCACCUCCCGAGAACGUGCAGCUGGUGAAUCAAUAUGUAUCUAAAAACGUCAUCUCUAGUGAGCAAAUUGUCGAGAGAGAAGCAGAGACAUCCUUUUCCACCAGUCACUAUACCUCGACAGCUCAUCACUCCACGACUGUCACCCAGACUCCUAGUCACAGCUGGAGCAACGGACAUACUGAAAGCAUCCUUUCGGAAAGCCACUCUGUAAUCGUGAUGUCAUCAGUAGAAAACAGUAGGCACAGCAGCCCCACGGGGGGCCCAAGAGGACGUCUAAAUGGCAUGGGAGGCCCUCGUGAAUGUAACAGCUUCCUCAGGCAUGCCAGAGAAACCCCUGACUCCUACCGAGACUCUCCUCACAGUGAAAGACAUAACCUUAUAGCUGGGCUAAGGAGAAACAAGGCACACAGACCCAAAUGCAUGCAGAUCCAGCUAUCAGCAACUCAUCUUAGAUCUUCUUCCAUUCCCCAUUUGGGCUUCAUUCUCUAAGACCCCUUGGCCUUUAGGAAGGUAUGUGUCAGCCAUGACCACCCCGGCACGUAUGUCACCUGUAGAGUUCCACACGCCAAGCUCCCCCAAAUCACCCCCUUCGGAAAUGUCUCCACCCGCGUCCAGCAUGACGGUGUCCAUGCCUUCCGUGGCAGUCAGCCCCUUGGUGGAAGAAGAGAGACCUCUGCUUCUCGUGACACCACCCAGGCUGCGGGAGAAGAAGUAUGAACACCACCCUCCGCAGUUCAGCUCCUUCCACCACAACCCGGCGCAUGAGAGUAACAGCCUUCCUCCCAGCCCCUUGCGGAUAGUGGAGGAUGAGGAGUAUGAGACGACCCAGGAGUAUGAACCAGCUCAAGAGCCUGUUAAGAAACUCGCCAACAGCCGGCGGGCCAAAAGAACCAAGCCCAAUGGCCACAUUGCCAACAAGUUGGAAAUGGAAUGCAACACAAGCUCCGAGAGCAGUAACUCAGAGAGCGAAACAGAAGACGAAAGAGUAGGAGAAGAUACACCUUUCCUGGGCAUACAGAACCCCCUGGCAGCCAGUCUUGAGGCAGCACCUGCCUUCCGGCUGGCUGAGAGCAGGACUAACCCAGCAGGCCGCUUCUCAACACAGGAAGAAUUACAGGCCAGGCUGUCUAGUGUAAUCGCUAACCAAGACCCUAUUGCUGUAUAAAACCUAAAUAAACACAUAGAUUCACCUGUAAAACUUUAUUUUAUAUAAUAAAGUAUUCCACCUUAAAUUAAACAAUUUAUUUUAUUUUAGCAGUUCUGCAAAUAGAAAACAGGAAAAAAAAACUUUUAUAAAUUAAAUAUAUGUAUGUAAAAAUGUGUUAUGUGCCAUAUGUAGCAAUUUUUUACAGUAUUUCAAAACGAGAAAGAUAUCAAUGGUGCCUUUAUGUUAUGUUAUGUCGAGAGCAAGUUUUGUACAGUUAAAGUGAUUGCUUUUUCACAGUAUUUCAGCAAAACCUCCCAUAUAUUCCGUUUUUGCUGGCUUCUUGUGCAUUGCAUUAUGAUGUUGACUGGAUGUAUGAUUUGCAAGACUUGCAACUGUCCCUCUGAUUGCUUGUAGUAGCACCUGACCAGUAUGUCUUGUAACGGCACAUCCAUCCAAGUACUCCUCUUUUGUACAAAGUUAUCUUUGCUUUCAGAAUAUGAAAUGAGUUAUGUCUACUCUGCCAGCCAAAGGUUUGCUUCAUUGGGCUCUGAGAUAAUAGUAGAUCCAACAGCAUGCUACUAUUAAAUACAGCAGGAAACUGCAUUAAGUAAUGUUAAAUAUUAGGAAGAAAGUAAUACUGUGAUUU